UUUUUUUUGUUUUGUUUUGUUUUUUUUAACUAACAUGAGGGAGCAGCAGUGAACAGUCUUGCUUAGCAGCCUCUCCCCACACAGUGUGCAGGGAGCAUGAAUAGAGGAUGCUGUUAUGGGUAGCUCUUUCUGGAGCCAUGGGAUGUGCAAAUAAACACAAACCUGGGAGGUGAACAUACAGUACCAGUGCAGCGUGCACUGUUGUGGGCACUUGGGUAUAUCCCUUGCCUUUAGCUUGUAUCAGGAAUGUUACAGCAGUUGCUUGUUGAAAUAAAUGCCUAAUCAACAAUGUGAGCAUAAACUAUUUUUUUCUUAUAACUGUGCUUAGGAUUUUUGAUUUAUGGAGACACAUGGAGUUUCUCCUGUGGAACAUGCAACUCCCAGCAAGACCAUGGAAAAAUGGUGCAAGUACCCCUUGUAUUCCAGUCUCUGUGAUAUGUCAUUUCUGCACAGAAUUUGUCAGGCUUCAAAAUAAAGUCCCUGAAAACUGAAGCUAAAAUACUGCUACUUUAACGCUCCUAAAUCCCACAGAAUGUUGUAGUUUCUGUUACUUUCCCAAAUGAUCCAGGGAGCCAAAGCCAAAACACCAUUGUUCUGAUAGUAAACACGUGUAGGUUAUGUGUGGUGCAUAGAUGUAUAUACGGGUAGGUUUGUGUUACUGCUGCAUUUUAAUUUGGCUUACGGCAAAGACUCUUCAUUGGUUCGUUUGUGCUAUCCAGCACUGUAGAGUGAGUAACAUGUUUUAUUUAAACCACCGAGUAUAAUAAACUCAGCCAGGUGACGGGCGGGAAAGAACAAAUUAGUCCUAUCACGCCAGAUUGGAAACCACGGCAGCCGAAAUAGCUCAGUUGGGAGAGCGUUAGACUGAAGAUCUAAAGGUCCCUGGUUCGAUCCCGGGUUUCGGCAGAAGAGCCUCCCUUUUUUUUCUCUCCAUGAUCGGGAGGUGGCGAGCGGAUGCUGCCGCUGUAGCAGCCCAGCGGCCUCUGCUCCCAGGGCUUGUGGAGAGCCGCGGAAUCCUUUGUUGAGCCGAUACCGAGCGUGUCGCUCAUGACGAACCGUUGCCUGCUUUCCAGUUUCCUGUUUUAGCUCUUUGAAGUUUACCUUUUUUGUUAAGGAUGGUAAAACAAAGCAGCAAGCUUCUUUUCCCGUCCCUUCUCUGCCCCUUGCCAUCUCACACUGUCGAUGACGGGAGGGAAGAGAGAAGCGAAAGUGAAACUGUGCGAUGAGAAGCGGGAUGACUGGGAGGGUAGGGGCAGGGAGCGAGGGAGUCUCUCAAGAGUACUGGGAGGGCGACAGAGACAGAAGGAUUAGAGAUUACUUUUUGCCGAAAUCUGGAGCGCAGGUUAGAAUUCCCGGACGUCACGACUCUGCUGUCAACAGAUGGCUGAAACUACUUUACUUCCCAUAAAGGCAAAGGAAUACCUUCGAGUACAGGAACUGUGAUCAGAGAUCUUCACGGUACAUGGCAUUUGGUCAUCACGAAACUGUCAACUCAGCACCCAACUUUGUUUUGAUAAGCUGAAGAAAUCAAACUCUUUGAGACUUUCAUUUUAAGACAUUUUCUCCUGUUUUCAGAAAGUCAUGGAGCAAACUUGGAUAUCAGACCUCUGACUAUCUACUUGGCUUGUUCACCGGCACCCUGAGAGACAAGGCUUGAUGCAGAUUUCUGAUGUGAUUUGGCAGGUUCUGCGAAAAUAACUGCAAGAGUUGCUGCUUUAUUGCUUGUCACACAAUAUUCAGACAUUUUUCAUUCAGCUGUAUCUUCUUUACAUAAUCUUUUUUUUUUUUGCCGCUUUCUAGAUUUAUUCUUGCCAUCAAACAUUUCCAUUUAUUUUUCUAUCAGCUUCUUCCCUCAAGAUGAACCCCCUGCUAGGAUGCAAAUCCAGACUACUUUCACGUCUUUCUAAGACUUUAUGUUUUAGUUACAAAGUUCCUUCUCUGCAACUGGGAAACUUCUCUGCCCCUACAGAUAUGGUUACAUACACUUUUAAAAAUGUCUAUCAAAUACUGAAGUUGAUACCUCACAGGGAUUCAGAGAAGAAAUUACAUUUUACAAUGUUUCUUCAGCUGCAUGCAAAUAUUCGAAAUCUGGUGGAUUUGGUUCAUCUGCUUUUUCCAUGACUGUCUUUGGCUUCUGUUUUAAGUGAAUGAAAACUGUGGCAGAAGGAGCAGCUCAGAGAGCGGUGUACCCCACAUCCUAGCUCUGCUGCAGCCUGCAACAACUUGCAAUCACAGAACAUGACAAUUAAUAAAGAAGCUUAGAGCUUUACUUUGAAACACCUAUAUUUGGUAUUUUUGAUAGUGAUGGGAGGAAUUUGCUGUACCUGGUGGUUUUUUGUAGGCUUCCUGAGGGUUCUGGCAGGUUCAGGUGUUCCUCAUAUGAGAUGAUCCUCCUCUUCCUCCAUGUCCCUUAACUGCACGUGUACCUGAUUUAAAAAUCCCCUCCUUGUCCCUGAUUGCAAUUUCUGCACUUGAUAUUUGUUACUGUCUUAGACAACACUCUCAGCAGUGAAAAAAUUGUACUCACAUGUAGUAAAAUUUCCUUCUCUUUGGGUUGAAAAUUAGGUUUGUUUGAUAGAAGAUAUUUGUUUCUGUCUCUUGACUAAAAGAUUCCUGACUUUGUCUCCCUCACUGUUUACAGACAUCUGGUAAAUCUCAUUUAGUUACACAGUAUGAUAGAGGCAAGGGGUUUAGAAACAUGAGUCAGGACUCACAUUUAGUGCCUUUUAUUUUUGUAUAUUUUGAUAACAAAUCUUAGUUAUUGUCUAUCUGGUCUCUGGUCCUGUAGAAGAAGUAGAAUUGGGGGUUUCAACUUUCUGGAAAAUAAAACAAAAAUUUUCAGCUGACAAAACCUCAUGUAAUGAGGCCUUUUCUGGUCCAGUUUCUUGGGAGUUUUGGUUUAAUUUUUUAUUUUUCUUUUUUCUUUCCUAGUGAUAUAUUCCAGAGUUCCUAAAUUGUGCUUUUGUAGGAAUAUAGAGCUCAUAUUUCGUAGUAAUGUAGAUCUAUAGAAUAUAUGGUACAGCUAACAAGGCAAAUCUGGGACAGUUAAGAUAAACCUUAACCUCCAGUCCUGCUAUGGUUAUCAAUGCUAUCUUUAUUCCUCAGUGAACCUCAGGGGAAACAUUAUACUUUUUGUUGGAAUGUACAUACAUCCUCUUGCUUUAAGCAAGGGAGCAUUCAUUACUUUGCCCAACAAUGUUCUUGGGAUUUAGCCCACAUGACAUGAAGGAUGAGUAUCUUUUGUUCCAUUUUAUAUUUUCCAUUGGGAUAAGUAGUAGCAUUAGGAUUUUGAAUAAAAAUUGUGAGAGAAGAGUGUCUUCUGGAACAGGCUCUGGAAAGAUUAAUGUAAGAUUCCAACCCAAACUAUACUAUGAUUCUAUAAUUUCUGAUAUGACUUCAAAUACAGUGUUUGUUCUAUCUUUCAGAUUUUUUCUUUUAAUAUGGUACAGAACGAGACCUGGAUUUCCUUCUUCAUAUUUUCUCCCCUGUGAAUGGGACAAUUUGUUGAGUAGGUGAAUUGUUGAGAUGAGAGCCUCUGUCCUACCCUUCCACACUGCAGAUGAAGUCUUACGCUCACACCUUCCUGAUCAUGUCCCAAAUCAUGGGCCACAAAGACAGCCUGCACGUUCACUGGGCUUUGGGCUCCUAACAGGUUUUGCACAGCAUCUGUAAAGCUCCACAUGUGCCAAAACUGGGAUAUUAAAUCUGUUUGUAUUCCAUUUCACCUUACGUAAACUGGAACAAAUCUAUUCUAUGGAGGUCCUCUCCUACCACAGCCAUUUAGUGACAUUCACCUCACUUCACUUUAGACAUUUAGAAGAGCAGUGUCUGUCUGAGUUCAAACCAAUCACCCUUCACCUUCUUUUAAGUUCAAGGCAGAGAAAUUAGGAUAGAGAGGUCAUCUGAACUUGCCAAGAUGCCAGUCUGAAUGGGGAGGUGAAUAUAUUCUAUGACUGCCUUUAUAGUUAGCCCAGACUAGGAGCUGAUGAAAUAAUUCUGGAGAAAAAGCUGUCUUUGCUUAGGUGGUCACCCUAACAGUGGUUUAAUCUGUCAGUCAGCAUUGUAUUUAUCUAAACUAUAGAUAGCUUAAGCUUCUAUCUCAGUUCCUACAUGAUACGGACUCUGAAAAAGGUAUGCUUGUUUAGUUAGAAAGUUUAAUGGAGUCUCACUAACCGAAUGAUGAUACUCCUUCAUGAUCACCAAAGUAGUUUCUCAGAUGUGUUAAAUGAGGGAUGGGAUGGAAGAAUGAUUUUACAAAGGAAAUAGAAGUGCUUGUUCAUUAUCUCUGACAGAAAUGCAGUAAGGCAGCAUCUGACUUAAAAGUAUAAAAAUGCAUCCACAAAUAAUGUUUAUUUAAGGCUGUGGAAAGAUCUAACGGAGUUGACACAGGCAUCUGCCAUACUAAAGCAGUGUAUGAUUUUAGGACCUUUCUGUGCAAGUUGUGUAUAGUACAUGCUUCAGCUAGCACGUGUUCUGGGAGAAGUGAGAACCAAAGUGCCAUCAAAUUUGGAGCUUUUGAAGUGAAUGUCUUUAAUGAGGAAUUCCCAUUGCAGUCAGCUCCAGGAGGCAAGUUCAGCCGGACUGCAAGGCCCAGUGAGGAAUCAGUGAGGAAUCCCAGUGGGAUUCAUCUACCUAAAUUGAGGUUAGGUCUUGUGUGGCGCAGUUCAUCCUUUCCUAAUGUGAGUACAGAUAACAGGCCAAGCGAAUUGCACCCUAAAACCAUCUAUUUCUCUCCAUUAAGAGAGUAUCUUACGAAGGAAACCCUGAGUGACUGGUUAUGUGUAGAUAUCAAUAAUCAAUAGAUAUCUAACAUCAAGUGAGAUGAAUUUCAUCCUCUGUCACAAGGAAGCCUAUGGGUAAAUCCACAAAAAGAUGAUGUGAAAUUGGUGACACAAGGAAAGCUUGAGUAAUCCAGCAUCCUGAUUGAUAGGGUAUGAGUACAGCAGUUGAGGAAAGAAAACUCGCAUAAGACUGCAAAGCUGUCUUUAACUCAGGUUGAAUUCCUGGCUGCACUCAUCUUGUGUAUUUUCCAUGAGACCUGAGCAGAUUGUUCUUCUCUGAGGUGCUCCUCUGUUCUAACAGUAUAUGAAUGUAUUGUAGCAUAAAAAUUGGUUUUCAGGAAAAGAAUGCCACAAAUCAGAAAGGGACUGGAUAAAAAAAUAUGAGAAGCCAGGAGAUGAAGACCCUGUUUAUAUGAAGAAGGAUUUUGUGCAAGGGCAGGAUCAUGAGAUCUUCAGAGCUACUUUGGCAUGCCCAGACUUUGGCUUCAUUCUCCCAGAUACAGGACAGGGAGACAAAGGAUAAGGUGAUGAAAGAGCAGUAGUUUGUGCUGAGAGUUCCUAAAGACUUAAAUUUGCUAUGAGAUUCAGGAAAUCUAGAACAUGCACAGGCAUCUGGAAGCUGCAGGUUUCCUUAUAGAAUUAUAUUUCUUCUUGUUAUUUCUAGAGUUAUCACCUGUCUUUAUGAUAUAACCUGUAAUUUAUUUAUUCUUUCUAUUGAUGUAUUGGUUUCCACACAAGUUUAUAUGUAGAAUGUUUUAUUUUGACCAAAAUUCCUUCCAAAAUGCCAAAGGCUAAAUACUUUUCUGGCUUGAUGUUAAUCUGUGCUUGAGUACAGUAGAAGGAACCUGAGAAACAAUAGUGUCAUUGAGAAAAAAAAUGUGAACCCACUGCCUACUUACUAUUCAGGAAUUCUGUAUUACUUGUGUGGAUUGUGUUUAGUGAUUUCUUUGCCUGUAUCUUGGAGUAUUCUUUUUCUUUAUUUCCUCUCUUGCCACAUCCUGUCUUUGAUGACAGGAUGAGAAGUUUGCUAUUGAAGGGUGACCAUGGUCAUGAAUCCAGACUACAAAGUAGCUGAAAUACUGUUUUCCUGUACUUUCAGUGUAAAGCCUAAAUAUUUUAACUAGUAUAUAUCACACCAGUUUCAGGUGUGAUAGCCUGACCUAGUAGCUCAGAUGUGUGGUGUGGUGGGUUCACCUUGGCUGGAUGCCAGGUGCCCACCAAAGCUGUUCUGUCAUUCCCCCCCUCAGCUGGACAGGGGAGAGAAAAUACAGCAAAGGCUUGUGGGUUGAGAUGAGGAAAGGGAGAGCUCACUCACUAAUUACUGUCAUGGGUAAAGCAGACUGAAAUUGGGGAAAUUAAUUUAUUACCAGGCAAAUCAGAGCGGAGUAAAGAGAAAUAAAAUCAAAUCUUAAAACCACCUUUCCCUCAUCCCGUCCUCCAUUCUGGGCUUAACUUCACUCUCAAAUUCUCUACCUUCUCCCCACCAGCUAUGCAGGGAGACAGGGAGUGGGGACUGUGGUCAGUUAAUCACAUAUUGUCUCUGCCACUCUUUCCUCCUCACACUCUGCUCCUGCUCCAGCCUGAAGUUCUUCCCACAGGAGACAGUCCUCCAUGAAUUUCUCCAAUGUGAAUCCUUCCCACAGGUGCAGUCCUUCAGCAACAGACUGCUCCAGUGUGGGUCCCUGCAGGGACACAGGUCCUGCCAGCAGAUCUGCUACAGUGCAGGCUCCUGCCUCCACAGGUCCACAGGUCCUGCCAGGAGCCUGCUUCCCAUGGGGUCACAGCUUCUCUUGGGCAUCCACCUCUGGUGUGGAGUUCUCCACAGGCUGCAAAGUGGAUAUCUGCUCCCUGUGGACCUCCAUGGGCUGCAGGGGGACAGUCUGCCUCACCAUGGUCUUCCCUACAGACUGCAGGGGAAUCUCUGACCUGGUGCCUGAUGCACCUCUUCCUCGUCCUCCCCCUUCUUCACCGACCUUGGUGUCUGCAGAGCUGUUUCUCUCACUUAUUCUCACUCUUCUCUCUGCAGUUGCCAUUAUGCAGUAACUUCUUUCCCCUUUUUGAAUGUUAUCCCAGAUACAUCAUUGCUGAUGUAUCACUGCUGAUGGGCUUGGUCUUGGCCAGUGGCUGGUCCAUCUUGGAACCAGGUGGCAUUGUCUCUGUUGGACAUGGGGAAAGUUUCCAGAAGCUUCUCAUAGAAGCCACCUCUGUAGCUUCCCAGCUAUGAAACUGUGGCAGGCAAGCCCAGUAUGUGUGGACAAGGCAGUGCAGGCACAGUUUUGAUCAUUGGCCAUGGCUUGCGUGCUCAGAUUUGCUGCCUGAAAAGUCCUUUGAUAGUUCAGGCAGUAGUACCAACACAUAGCACUACUCAUUUUUCAAGACAGAGUAAAACUCCGUAGUAAAUAAAAGUCAUUCAGGAUGCUAUUUUGUAAACUAGUAUAGUGCUGAUACUGUACAGCCCCAACAACGGCUUCUUUAUUUAAGUGUGAUUGCUGUGGGGAAAAAUGUGGGAGCUUCUCAACAACAGCACGCUAAGGAACGUACAGUGCCUGCUGUUUUCCCAAUGACUAAUUGAAAGAUAACUGUCUUUUUGUAAUUUUGCUCAAUGUCUUCCUCACGGUGUAUCAUGCAGCAGCAGACAACCACCAAUGCCAGCGACACAGUGGCGUCAGGAUGUGGUCUGUCAUUUUUCUGUCAGUCCUGAUGCUCCCUGCCUGGCCAAGAAAGGCACUCCUAAAAUGCUGAUGCAUUACAGAACAGCAGAGGCUAGUGCUACAUCUCUACUAGGACUACAUGCUGUUGCAUGCUCCCAGUUAUGUAGUUGUAAUGGAGGGAAGUAAUCAUAAUAAAAACUACAUAUGUGCCACUCUUCUACUAGUAGUUUUCCUUCAUCUGUAGACCAAGUAAUUUCCAUGUUAUCCUCUGCCUGCUAUUUCUUUUCUCCACAUUCUUUCUGCUUCCUCUUGUACUAUAUUGAAACAUAUUUUCUUGCCUUUCCUUGACUUUUGUGCCUCAAAACCUCGCCUUACUCUGAGCUUGCCCUUUCUGUCUCAUGUAGAGGUCACAAAUGCCAGUCACCCUUCUUAUGGGUGUCUGAACUGAGCCAGUUUUGAUUAUAAUGGCUGCUUGGAUGCAUUUUAUGUAUAGACACAUCGGUUCAGGGAUUUGAUAGGUUAGGUGAAUCCUAUCCAUAUGUUUUGAUUUUAUUUUGGUGAUGCUGAUAAGUGUGUUCACUUUAAUUGCUUUCAGAGAGUAUGUUGGUAACUUUGGUACAAGGCAUUGUCUAACCUAGAUUCAAAGACUAAUUCUUCUUACACUAGAGAGAUAUAUUCAAAUGCUGAGUAGUAUGGAAAGGAGUGUUGUGCAGAGGGUUUUUGAGUCAGUGCUUCCAUUUAUAACUCCUGAGUUUCUUCAACAUAUUUUUUCAGCCACUAUUCACACUUUCUGUCUUUUUCACGUGUUAUGUCAAGAGCAGCAGGUGAAAGUCAGUUCCAGGUAAACUAAAUCCAAAGUGAGAUGUGUUGAAACCCAUUUCAGACUACAUGGUAUUGCCAAUUGGCUUUGUGCCUCCAUAAAUGAGGUAGAAUCAUAUUUCAAUUUUUCUGGCAAACAAUGAGUUUUUGAUAUAAAGAUCUGAGAACCUGAAAGUGCUGAUGACAGUGUCCGCAGUGUGGAUGAACUCUUUAGCUGCAUGAUGGCAAUAACUGGCCGCAUAGAACAUAGACUUCUUGUGCCAGAAUGGUGUCGUUGAACAUCCAUUGAAAUAUUGAAUAGCACAGACACAAUCAUGGCAGUUUUCAUUAUACAUGCUUACAAAAAUGGCUAAACAACAGAGUGGGAAGGUAGUGAAACCUUUCAGUGAAGCGAGACGAAUUGCCAGGUUUUAUUUAUUAUGAUGGACCUGAACUGAUAGCUAUUGCUUCAGACUCACAGAAUCACUUAUACCUACUUUAUUUUGAUUUAUUUGUUUUAUUCCUCUAGCACACAAGGGUUGCAUUGUGGGCAAGAACUGCUGCGUACUAGGAGCUUUUAAAAGUUAUUUUUGUCGAUGUUCUGAACAGAACCACUUGCAUGCAUGUCUGCUGUGUGCAUUGAUCUCAUAGACUGUCUCCUGCUAGGUGGGUAAUAAAUGCUCAGCUGUGAUGGUUUUAAAAGUCCAACAGCCAGACUAGCUCCAAAACAGCCUCUGGUGUAAUGAUGGGGAAAGGAUUAGAGAGCAAACAAUGACCACUCACCCUUUAAAAACAAUUAAAUAAUUUAUUUUGCAUGCAAAAAAGGCUAUUAGGAAGGGAAUCCUUCUCCACUUGCCACUCAGAUAUUUUCAUUAUAAGCAUUGGAGUUCUGCAGUUGGCAGGUGGAGUCUCCAUCUCAAACUUUUACUACCAUAUUUAUUAAUUUUUGUUAAUGAGGCACCUAUAUCCUCUGCACUUACAGUAGUUUUCUACUGUGGCUGCUUUAGUGGAAAGUAUUAUCUUGCAGUGAACAAACUAAAAGAAAAGAGGUUUCCUCUUCUAUUUAUUUCUGUUUACAGGGUUUUGAUUAAAAGAAUAAACAUGUUUAUCCAGCCACCUCAACUAAAACAAGACUGUCAAUUUCUCAAAGCUCAUAAAAGACUUGGCAAAAUAAAUCUGAGGCAUUCAUUCUCCUGACAAGCUGCCAGAGUCUGCAGAACUUACUUUCACACUGGCAUCUUUUCUGCCCUUGAUGUCAUGUGCAAAACACGAGGAUUUAUGCCGUGCUAAUCCCUCUAAUGAGGGCUUCUCCCAGCUUCUAUAUAAAUCCUGCUCAAAGCCGUGGCUGCUGGGCAGGCACCACAGAGUCAAAGCACCUUUUGAACUGCAUUCAAGGCAAUUAAGGGACUGGGAUUAAGCAAACCCCCAAAACCAGCAUCCUUAGCAGUGAGAGGGAUUACCCUGCUUGGCUAGGGUAUGUUGCUGUGGCAAGGCCAGGUUGUCCCACGGCAGAGAUAUCCCUGCUCCGCUCACUCAGGUCCAGUGGAAAGGCAGGACUGCACCCACCUGUAAUGGGCAUCCUGAGGUGGCUGUUCUGGGCUGGGCUGGGCUACUUGAGCUGCUGCUGUCCCGCACAGGCACAGUUUCCUCGUGUCUGCAUGACGGUGGAAGCCCUUCGCUUGAAGCGCUGCUGCCCAGCCUUGGGGACGGAGCCAGGCAAUAUCUGUGGGUCCCUGCAGGGUAGGGGACGGUGUGAGGGGGUGCAGGCAGACACUCAGCCCUGGAGUGGCCCCUACACCCUUCAAAACGUGGAUGACCGGGAACGGUGGCCCCUCAAGUUCUUCAACCAUAGCUGUCGGUGCACAGGAAACUUUGGUGGCUAUAACUGUGGUGACUGCAAGUUUGGCUGGACUGGCCCUGAAUGCAACACGAGGAAGCCAGCAGUUGUCAGGAAGAAUGUCCACUCCCUGACAGCAGAGGAGAGAGAGCAGUUCUUCGAUGCUCUAGACCGUGCAAAGACAACCAUUCACCCGGACUACGUAAUUGCAACUCAGCACUGGAGAAGUCUGCUUGGUCCAACCGGAGAGGAACCGCAAAUUGCCAAUUGUAGUAUUUAUAACUACUUUGUUUGGCUUCAUUACUACUCAGUCAGAGACACGCUAAUGGGUCCUGGCCGCCCCUUCAAAGGUAUUGAUUUCUCCCAUCAAGGACCUGCCUUUGUCACUUGGCAUAGGUACCAUUUGCUGUUGCUGGAGAGAGACCUGCAGCGACUGAUGGGCAAUGACUCCUUUGCGCUGCCUUACUGGAACUUUGCCACGGGUAGAAAUGAGUGUGACAUCUGCACGGACCAGCUCUUUGGAGCAUCGCGGCCUGAUGACCCAGGGCUGAUCAACCUGAGCUCCAGGUUCUCCCGUUGGCAAGUAGUUUGUAACAGCUUGGACGACUACAACCGCCUGGUCACGCUGUGCAACGGGAGUGAUGAAGGGCCGCUGCAGCGGAGGCCGCCCAAGGGCUCCAGUGAGCAGCUGCCCACCAUGGAGGAUGUCAGGAGGUGCCUGUCGCUGCAGGAGUUCGACAGACCCCCCUUCUUCCGCAAUUCCAGUUUCAGUUUCAGGAAUGCGCUGGAGGGCUUUGAUAAACCGGAUGGAACCUUGAACUCGUCAAUGCUGAGCCUUCAUAACUUGGCUCACUCCUUCCUGAAUGGGACCAGUGCUCUUCCUCAUGCAGCUGCCAACGAUCCCAUCUUUGUGGUUCUUCACUCCUUUACUGAUGCCAUCUUUGAUGAGUGGAUGAAACGUUUUAAGCCCCAUGAGAAUGCUUGGCCUGAUGAGCUGGCCCCGAUCGGUCACAACCGACUGUACAACAUGGUCCCGUUUUUCCCUCCUGUGACCAAUGAUGAGCUCUUCCAAACUGCGGAGCAACUUGGCUACACCUAUGCCAUUGACCUGCCAGGUUCCCUUGAAGAAACCCAAGCCUGGGCUGUCAUGGUUGGAUCCACAAUAGGAGGAGCACUUAUAGCUCUGACGGUGCUUGUACUGCUGCUUGUGCUUUUCCAGCACCGAAGGCAGAGAAGAGGUUUUGAACCACUGAUGAAUGUGAGCUUCAGCCCCAAAAAGUACAUGGGAGAGGCCUAGUGCCCUUGCUUUGUGUCUUUGCUUAUUCUUGUAGAAAGUGACCUUGACUGACUUACUGAGAUCUUAGCUGAGACUUUAUCACACACUCCUUUGGCAGCUGACUGAAUUGUUCUCAUUCAGGUUUUUCUUGUUAUCUUGUGAAUUGUAAUGUGUGAGGUCUCUGGGUACAUAUGAGCAAGGCCCAAGACAAGUUAGAUUUUGCUCACUACUAAAUGUUAUCUGGAGUGUGUGACACUCGUAAGUCAUCCUCUAUAGAUUUAGAUCAAGACAGCUAAGAAUCCAAAUAGCAGAAACUUGAAUAAUCAAGAUAAUUUUUCACCUCAAUGUGUUCUUGAUUUCAUUUAGGAGCAUUAAGAUGUGCUGAAAGUUAUUAACUCUACAUAUAUAUUUGAAUAACAUAUUAUUUUACUGUUAUCAAUAAAUAUUCUGAAUAACAUAGUCUUUUUUUUUAAGUUUCAAAAUGUCUCCUGCAGUUUGACAAAAUACUAUAGGAACCCCCUGGUUACAGUUUAUUUCAGAAACAUGAUCAAUUCUAUAUAUUAUUUUCAAUCAAGCUGAUGUUAACAGUAGGCAAAGUCUGAAACCCAAAUUCUCAUAUGAGCAGGAGUUUUCUGACACCUGCAUGUGCACUCAUGUUUUACCUCGUGUUUUACCUUCUGGGACCCAGGACUCAAGGUAACAAAACUGAGACAGCUUGAGUUACCCAGGUCUGCAGGUGGGGAAUUAGGUCUGGAUGUGGCACUCACUAGACCCCAUCUUAAACAUUCUUUUAUAUAUUCCCUAUAUUUCUUUAUUUAGACAUAGGUUUGAACCACAUUUGGGUGGUUUUCCUAUGUUAUCUUGAGGCAGGUUUUUUAUACAGCAAAUGAAGUCCUGGACAGAUUUUGUCAGCUUUGGUGCUUUAUAUAUUACACUAAUGGGGUGUUCAGACUUUGUGUAUUGUGAAGUCCUGAGUCUUACAAAAACAUUGCUUUUGUAGCCUUGAAUAAAAAAAAUUCAGUUAGUAA